CAAACUAUUUAAAUAACACUUUGUGCUGCCUCGGCUUAAAAAGGGAGUUUUUUAGCGGUGGAUUCCAGAGGAGGCACAUUUUCAAUUAGGCAAAGAAGAAAAAGACGAGCAAGAUUUCAUUAUUCCCCCUUUUCACUGUGGAUUUUUAACUUCAUAAAUAAGGACGUUGGAAUUAUUGCAAUUUUUUUUUACACAUUUUCAAGGGAUUUUAUACUUUUGAAAACUUUUUCUUUCAUUAAAGGGAGCAGCAGGUUUGUGCUGCACCAUGAAGGUGACAGGAAUAUGUUUGCUGUUGAUGCUUUGUUCCUGUGACGGUGCKAGAGUCGCAGAGAGUCGAGACGACAAUAGUGUGUUUGAUUUGUUUGAGCUCAUCCGAGUCCCCAGUAAGAACCACGGGGUCACCAUGGCGAAAGGAGACGACCCGUACAGCCCCGCCUACAAGAUCCUCAACCCAGACCUUAUCCCCCCGGUCCCCGAGAGCKCCUUCAGGGACCUGAUCGACUCGGUCCACGCCGAGAGGGGYUUCCUACUUCUGCUCAACUUCAAGCAGUUUAAACGCACCAGGGGCAGCCUCCUGACCGUGGAGAAGCGAGACGGCUCCGGACCCGUCUUCGAGAUCGUCUCCAACGGCAAGGCGAACACCCUGGACAUCGUUUACUCCACCGAGAACAAGCAGCAGGUGGUUUCCAUCGAGGAGGUGGAUCUGGCCACGGGGAGCUGGAAGAACAUCACGCUGUUCGUGCAGGAGGACCGAGCGCAGCUGUUCGCAGGAUGCGAGGAGGUGAACACCGCGGAGCUGGAUGCGCCCAUCCAGAACAUCCUGACGCAAGGCACUCCAGCCGGCGCGCAGCUCCGGGUCGGGAAGGGAGCAGUGAACGACAGGUUCAUGGGGGUGCUGCAAAACGUGCGGUUUGUGUUUGGAACAACGCUGGACGCGAUCCUGCGCAACAAAGGAUGCCAGAGCGCUGCUCCAAGUGACACAAUGAUKGUGACCAACCUGAACGGCUCCUCUGCCAUCAGAACAGAGUACACUGGACACAAAACUAAAGACCUGCAGAUGGUGUGUGGCUUCUCCUGUGAGGAUCUGAUCAGCAUGUUCAAGGAGCUGAAAGGCCUCGGCGUCGUGGUCAAGGAGCUGUCCAAUGAGCUCCGCCAACUGGUAAGGACGAGACAUCAACGACGUCUUGAUUUUGCAGCGAGGGUAGAAACUGACCAUGAUUUCCUCUCUCCAGUUAACGGGAACUGGGGACCCUGGUCACCUUGGGGGACGUGCACCCUCACCUGUGGGGGUGGAGUUCAAAGUCGUAAGCGCCUGUGCAAUGAUCCUGCCCCACUGCAUGGUGGUAAAGAGUGUGUUGGCGAUGCCAUAGACAGACAGAUGUGCAAUAAGAAAGCUUGCCCAAUCGAUGGAUGCUUGUCCAACCCUUGCUUUUCUGGAGCCAAGUGCUCUAGUUUCCCUGAUGGUUCCUGGAAGUGUGGAAAUUGCCCAGUUGGCUUCACAGGAAAUGGCAUAAAGUGCAAAGAUGUUGACGAGUGCAAGGAGGUUCCAGAUGCGUGCUUUGAGUUUAACGGUGUGCACCGCUGUGAGAACACAGAGCCAGGAUACAACUGUCUGCCCUGCCCUCCUCGCUACUCUGGACCCCAACCGUUUGGCAAAGGAGUCGAGCAAGCUGYUGCUAACAAACAGGCAAGUGCACACCUGGCUUUUCCGUCAAAUUGUGAACAGGACAACUGUCCGUUCGUGUACAAUCCCAGGCAGUAUGAUUAUGACCGCGAUGAAGUGGGGGAUCGCUGCGAUAACUGCCCUUAYAACAGCAACCCAGACCAGACAGACACAGACAACAACGGCGAGGGAGACGCCUGCGCUGUGGACAUCGAUGGAGAUGGAAUACUGAAUGAGAAGGACAACUGUCCCUACAUAUACAACGUYGACCAGAGAGACACAGAUCUGGAYGGAGUGGGAGACAUGUGUGAUAACUGUCCUCUGGAACAUAAUCCCGAUCAGGUGGAUUCAGAUGAUGAUCGAGUGGGAGACAAGUGUGACAGUAACCAGGACAUUGAUGAGGACGGACACCAGAACAACCUGGACAAUUGCCCAUAUAUUCCCAACGCCAACCAGGCUGACCAUGACAAGGAUGGCAAGGGAGAUGCUUGUGACCAUGAUGAUGACAACGACGGCAUCCCUGAUGACAAAGACAACUGCAGACUGGCCUUCAACCCCGACCAGCUGGAUUCUGAUGGCGAUGGUCGUGGAGACGCUUGCAAAGACGACUUUGACCAAGACAACGUUCCUGAUAUCUAUGAUGUUUGUCCUGAGAACUUCGAUAUCAGUGAGACAGACUUCCGGAAGUUCCAGAUGGUUCCUCUGGAUCCAAAAGGCACCUCCCAGAUUGAUCCUAACUGGGUCGUCCGGCAUCAAGGCAAAGAGCUGGUUCAGACUGUCAACUGCGAUCCUGGCAUUGCAGUCGGUUACCACGAGUUCAAYGCCGUGGACUUCAGUGGAACUUUCUUCAUAAACACAGAGAGAGACGAYGAUUAUGCCGGCUUUGUGUUCGGCUACCAAUCCAGUUCCAGGUUCUACGUGGUGAUGUGGAAGCAGAUCACGCAGACCUACUGGUCCAGUAAGCCCACCAAGGCCCAGGGAUACUCAGGCYUGUCCAUCAAAGUAGUUAACUCCACCACCGGCCCAGGAGAGCACCUUAGAAACGCUCUCUGGCACACAGGCAACACCCCAGGACAGGUCCGCACUCUCUGGCACGACCCUAAAAAUGUCGGAUGGAAAGACUUCACUGCCUACAGGUGGCAUCUGAUUCACAGGCCAAGAACAGGACUGAUCAGAGUUGUGAUGUAUGAGGGUAAGAAGAUCAUGGCAGAUUCUGGUAGCAUCUAUGACAAGACGUAUGCCGGUGGCAGGCUAGGUCUUUUUGUCUUCUCACAGGAGAUGGUUUAUUUCUCAGACCUCAAGUAUGAAUGCAGAGAUGCAUAAAAUGACGGUCAAACUCUCUGAGGAAUGCACCUUUUAUUUGUAAAGUAAGAACAUAUUUUCUCCUGCRAAGUCCAGGAGCUGAUUUAUUUCUGCAUUACUUUUCUUCCGUGGCACGCACUCUCGGAUGGGGCGAAGGGCGUACUGUUAGCCUCAGGGUAACUUGAAGUUGGUUUGGGCAAAGCACCAGCUAGCCAACUUCCGGUUGAGGAUCAAAGGUCAAGGGGAGCUGAAAAGACUCUGACUUUGCAAGAUGGACACCAACAUUGGGAAAGGUUCCUCAGAAAAAUAUGCACUUCACUUCAAUGCCUUUUYAUUACUCCGUUUCUCAUCUUCAGUCUCACUUUUUGGAUAGACAUCCCAAAGAAAGAAAAAACAUAUACUCUGUUCUUUACCAGACUACUCUUUGUAUGACUUGUGAAUGAUACUUUUGCAGAUUCAAAGAAUGAACACAGAACAUUUUAGGACUUGAAAUGAUUUAAGGGGAAUGUUGAGUUGCGGGAGGUAUGUSUUUAUUCAUGAACAGUGUGUGUGGAAGAUUAGCCAUGAAUGGAUAAAGAAAAUCCUUCACCUGUCUACCUAAGAAUCUCUGUUGAGUAGAGAAAUUAAGUCUAGCUUAGUUCUAGUUUAAACAGAAGAACCACAAGCUGAUGUCUGAAUUUUUGACUCAGGAUAAGAUGGAAGUGACGAUCUUCCGAUAUGAAACCAAUGAGAAAAAUCUAAUCACCUGGUAUCAAAAAGCCAUGAUCAAUUCUAAAAUKAACAUUUAGUCACUGAAGAGAUUUCUGUCCCUCAACUUUUGAGGAUUUCAAGAUGAAAUGAUGUAAAUACAUCUAGCUUAUCGACUCUUGCCUACAGUGUAGGCAGYGAACAGAAGUAGUACUAAAACRAGUAAAACUCCUAAUAUCCGUUUCUUUGUUCUAGUAAAAGCUGAUUUACAAGGUGAAUUGGGUAUUUCUCAGAACUCUUUUUUAAUAUGAAGUUGGUGUGAUUUUUGUACYUUUUCUGCAGAGAGAGAUGACAUUUCUAAUGUACAAUUAUUACCUCAUUGCUGUUUAUAAUCUGAUAAAAYAAAACAAUGCUUUUUCACAAUCUUCUGAAAUGUUGGACGUUCUAGURCUACCCAAGCAUAAGCUGUAAAUAGUUGUAUCUAAGAAACAGAGCAGAGUUCCCAGGGCCGUGGUGUACCCCAGUAAAAAUGGGAGAUUUUUAUACAUUUGCUUUGCCACAUAUUUUCAGUGCUAUUUUUAGCAAAUAAAUUAUUGUUUUGUUUGUCUUAGCUUUUUGUGAGAGCUUGAUUUGUGUGUGCGUAUAGAUACAUGCUAUUUAAAUAAUUUAUCAGGAUGUGUGGUCUUGUAAAAGGGGACAUGUCCGUCUGUAUAAACAGUUUGCACACUGACGCGAGGAUGUUCUGUUCUUUAUUGUUUUACUUUGUUUUGUUGCCGUGUAUCUGUUUCUACUAUUAGUUUUGUCUGUAAACAUUUUCUUAGUUGUAUAAAGCAAAAUGCUGUUUUUA